AUGGCUGUGGGCGCACAUGAUGCGAUUUCGAUAGGGCUGAAGGAUGAUCGACAUUUAAGUCGGUUUGGCUACCGUGACAUGGCCGAGCAGGCGCAGCUCUUUAGCGUCAACUUCUCCGGAAACAGCCCAAAUCGUCACCCUUCGGCUUUACUGAGGAACACGAGUACACCGCACUUAAAGACUGCUGUUGAUAACCUCCGUCUCAGCCAGUUGUGA